UUGGCAGGCGGACUCUCAACCACUGCGCCACCAGGGAAGCCCCUCUAUCCUGUCUUUUAACAAAGUUGUAGCUCUCUGGAAAAGUCUGUUCUCACCAGUUAAUAAUAUAUGUAAUUUACAAUUUUAUAUAAUUUAGUCUAAAAGCAUUAUAGAAUAAAUGAGAUUGAUGUCAACUCUUCAUCAGACCUUAAUAUUUUAAUAACUAACACUUAUAUGAUGCUUGUUAGUUUACAAAAGCACUUCUUUUCAUCAUAAAUUUCAUAUAAUUCCUGUAAAAACCUAUGAAGUAAUCCUUGUUUUACUAGUGGGUUUAGGCUUCAAAUCUAAAAGACAGUUGCAUAGAAUUAUGACCCCAAAACAUUAGGGCCCAGCUCUUUAGCUUCCAGAUAUGAUUUUUCUGUUAUACUACACUGCUUCUUUGUAGAAUGACAGAAGCCCUACAAAUAUGCCUUUUGUGGCAAUAAAAUAGCCCGGAAAUCUUACCGUCCAUGAUGUCUGUUGGACUGGUUUACUAUAUCAUAUUUAAAUGAUGUGUUUUAAUGAAAUUCUAAAAUUUGGUAUGGUAGAACUAUAUACCUUAACAUUAAUUUCUGUGGAUUUGGUAACAAUGUCUAUCCUUUUACUUCUUAAUAGUUAAUGAUAUAUGUUGAAGUAGAUUGGUUUAUAAUGGAAAUCUAUGUAUAAUCUAAUUUUUUUUAAUCUAGUCUCUAUAGAAGCUGGAAUCCAUCAAUCUCCGUUCUUCAAAAUGCAAUGGAACGUACCAAAGACUGUAUUCCGACUGGCACAUAGGACAUGCAUGGAACCAGAUAAAGCUGGUCUUUGGGGACACUGUCAAAACAUGAAGGGACCAUUACUUUUGUAUACCUCAGAAUCCAGAGUGGUUUGGGUACAGGGCCCUCAGAAACGAUGGCUGCACUUACCUGCUGCCCAGUGUGUUGCAAAGGAAAGGAAGCCAUUCAUUGCUCACCCACCCCAACCAGGGAUCCUUCAUAAACAGUGGGAGCAGGAUACCUUAUCCAAGAGGGUUCUGUCAUCCAGUGCUACAUCCCCAGGAACUCCCUCUGAAAAAAAGGAAGAACCUGAUCCUUUACAAGACAGAUCAAUUAGUCUUUAUCAACGAUUUAAGAAAACAUUUAGACAAUAUGGAAAAGUUUUGAUUCCAGUGCAUCUAAUAACUUCUGGUGUUUGGUUUGGAACGUUUUAUUAUGCAGCCAUAAAAGGAGUGAAUGUCGUUCCUUUUCUAGAACUUAUUGGGUUACCUGACAGCGUAGUAAACAUUCUGAAAAAUUCCCAGAGUGGAAAUGCACUGACGGCAUAUGCCCUGUUUAAGAUUGCAACGCCUGCGCGGUACACUGUGACCCUGGGGGGGACCUCCUUCACUGUGAAGUAUCUGCGCAGCCGUGGCUACAUGUCGACGCCACCCCCUGUGAAGGAGUAUCUGCAGGACAGGAUGGAGGAGACAAAGGAGCGCCUCACAGAGAAGAUGGAGGAGACAAAGGACAGACUCACUGAAAAACUGCAAGAAACCAAAGGAAAGGUUUCUUUUAAGAAAAAAGUGGAAUAGGGUGCCUUAUAUACCAGGUUAUAGACAGUUCCUGCACUUUAACCCUUGGGGACUGGACAAAGAUGGAAGACGUUACUGUAGUCCUUUAUGCUCUAGGAAGCAAUGGAGCUAUUGGCUGUCUUAUUUCAGUGACCUCAGAAGAUGCUUACUCAGUUGGCUUUUCCCGAGCCAUGGUCUACGGUGCGUCCAGUCACGUUGGCCUAGAGGCCGGAGUUGCACAGGAGUGUUCAUAAAAAGUAUGGGCCUCUCUACUGCCUUGGAAUUUAACCACCUGAACCAGAAAUCUGCAGAACCAGAGGUGGGUGCUUUUAAUUAUUCAUUCUGCAAAUAGGAGCUUUGUUUGGUCUCUCCUGGUCCAUCUGUAUAUUACGGAGUACCCAAAAGAUUCUGCCUCCUUGACCCAAAGGAACAAUAGAGGCAAGAAUUCUCCUUCUCUUAGAGACUUGGCCAGAAUUCGUCUUCAGCCAUGAAUUUUGGCCUGGCUUUCUGAUUCUUGAAAGAUAUUUGUCCUGCAUUUUGAGCUUGUAACUUACAUUUGAGAAAUGCUAAGUUUGUGCCGAUUGGGUAUACUUUUCCCUCUUUGAGAUUUUUUUCCUUUGUGACUUCCAUGUCAAGCUGGUUCAUUUUAACUCAUUAAAACAAGUUUUUGGUUGUCUUGCUUCUUCAGGGUUAGGCUUUGAAAAUCAAGCUGUAUUCUUCCCCAUAAAUCGCUGGCAGCCACCAACAGUAAUGAUGACAGAUCAUAAUUGUCUUGUGGCAGUUAUCUGGCUAUUUUGAUAAGAAUGAUUCUCUCAGCAGAGAGAAUGCGGCUUGACUUCAGAAGCCUUCAAGGCAGAGUAUGACAUUAUUCCGUUGACUUGGACAGUGCUCGUGGGAAGUGCACAGGCAGCCCCAAAGUCCUCCUCAGCACUUGUGUUUUCUCUCUACAAGUAAGAGGGCUCAUGGAGCCUGAGACGAACAGAAAGCGCAUUCACGUUGUGUUUUCUCUGGGACAGCAUGGUCCAUAAGAGCAGAAGUUGUAGGACAGGUCAGAGAUGUUCCAUGUGUAGCCACAAUAUAUUCUCAUUCUUCCUGACUGUGAGGAAUGCAUAGAACCUUUCUUCCUUCUUUCCUCACCUCUCCCUCCCUCCCUAUGUCCAGCUUUUUCUGCUUUGAAUUUUGACCAUUUUAAAUGGUAGAAAACUCUCUUUGAAGUGAAAAAGAAAAAGGCGAGUUUGCAUGCAAGCGUGCCUGGUUGUCCUGCGGUAGCCGGUAUGUGGUUCUCCCUCCCUCUGGUGGGCAGGCGCUAUGGCCCACUCCUCAGUAAGAGCGGGACAGAAAGCUUGCAGGUGUUUCCUGACUUUCUAAUCAGGUACCUGCUGAAAGUCAGCCUUUUACUCCAUUUGGGUAAUUUCAUAAGAUUACUUUUAAGUGUACCAUAUAUGAAAUAUAUCUAAUAUAAUCUACAUGAAAUCUACCUAAUAUAAUCUAAAUAGGGUAAAACAAUGAGAUGUUUCAGCUCCUUAACACUAAUUGAGGGUUUGUUUGUAUUUAAAAAAAAGAACAUACAGCAUUUCCUCUAUAUACACAAAUAUUAAGCUGUUAUUUUGUAUGCACCUCUAAGUAUGAGAUUUGAGAUUCUGUAAUGAUUUGAAGCGCAUUUUGACUAAUUUGUAUUUUAUUGAAUUUGAGUCAGUAUUUUCUUUGGAUACAGUCUUGCGACUUAAUUAUGGCUGUUGCUUUACUUCUUUAAGAAUAGUGGCUGUUUGGGUUCUCUCUUUGCAAGGGUCCCAAAGGCACAGUUUGUCCAGUCCUCAAACACUGACUGCCCUGCCAUUCACCUUGGUCUGGAGGUAGAGUUACAGGGCUUGGUUGCCAUCGUGCUCCAUCACCAUGUGCUUGUUAUUCCCCUCCUGAAGAAGAUGGAAGAUACUGUGGGUCACUUCAGAAUGUUGAGGCCAGUAGCUGUAGUUGAAGAAAGGCGCAGGAGAGCCGAGUCAGACGUUCAAAUCCAGGAACUGAGAAAGGUAAACUCUCACCCCAGCACCUCACACACACUGAGGACAGCGCUGCUCACAAGGCAUCCCUCCCUGCACACCAGCCUGAAGGCAGGAGCAGCAAGUGGCCGUCUAACCCUGGCCGUGAACAUAAACUUGAACUGUGCAAGAUGCAGCACUUGGGGAGUAAAAUAAGCUAAAGCUGAAAUCCUGAUUCCUGCGGAAUUCGCACAAUUCACGUGAGCUACUGGGACCCACUUGUGGUCGGGGUGAGAGCAGGUCUUUCAUCUGCUUUUGUUGGGCCCCUUUAGACACAGCGUCCUUACACUGGGGGGGACUUGCCAAUGCAUCUCCAUUUCGCCAAGGCCAAGGUGACCGUGCAGAAGGGGAUCCUGGUCCCUGCCUCUCCACCAAGGUGCGGGGGGGGGGGGGGGGGGCUGUCACCGCAAGGCCCUGCGCCCAGCACAACUAUCUUUCCCAGUUUUUCCUUCACAGACACUGCUCAGCUCUGGAAAUUUUAAGAAAAAUGAACGGUACACUAACAUGUUGCUGUUCUAAGCAGCAGACCUCAAGCAGCAGCCUUGGCACAGCAAACACAAGGCUUGGGGAACAGCCCCUAGCCGCUGCCUCGCAGCCAGGCCAGUGUGGGAGCCUGGUGGCCAGCAGCAAAUGGAAGCUGCUUUGGAGGGGCUCGUGGACCUGGACAGUCUCUGCAAGGACUCUCUGGACAGAAGAGCAGGUGGAGAGAUUGACUACUUGUGUGGAUGUUACUGUGUGAAAUCGAUGAAGAUUCCAGUUCUCCAAACAAAACCCAGGGACCUACCAACCAAGAGGAGCCUCGGAAAGGAGCAGCAGAAAGCAGUUUGAGAGCUUUCUGCCAGCAGCACGAGGGCACCUCACCGGGCAGCCACCUCUGAGACCACAACAGCAGACACCCGGAACUGCAGAAACUGCACUGCUGGAGGGCCAGGGCAGCACUGCGUGGUGUGUAAAUGCAGGUGUAAAACACGCAGCCUGAGGCUGGAGGGACUCAACACACCAGGGAUGCAG